CCCAAAUCCACCCAUUCACAUUGCAUGGCUAACCGUCGCCGCCGCACCAGCGAUAAUAAUAACGACCCUCCUCCGCCUCCUGUCUGUGGCUCCUCCACUCGCCACCCGGUUUACCAUGGCAUCAGAAACCGGGCUGGAAAAUGGGUUUCUGAAAUCCGCGAGCCAAGCAAGUCAAGCCGCAUAUGGCUAGGCACGUAUAGAACACCAGAAAUGGCGGCUGCGGCUUAUGAUGUGGCAGCAUUGGCACUCAAAGGUAGCUAUGCUAUACUCAACUUUCCUGAGACGAAUUAUUCUAGUAUGCUUCCUAAGAGUCCCACUUCUGAUGACAUCCGUGCGGCAGCCGCAGGGGCUGCUGCCGCUAGAGCUUGGGCUAAUGAAGUUAUGAGCCAUGGGGAAGGUAGUUCUGGUGGUGGGAAUCCGGUCGACAAAUGAACAAUACAAGCUUAAUAGUGUAUGUAAACUAUGUAUGUCUUGUGUCUACUCCAAGUUAAGCUUCGGUUUAUUUAAAAAACAAGUGUGAAGUUGUGGCUUUGUUAGGUGAAUGUAUAACUCACCGAAUUGUAUGGAAGAUUUGAAAGAUUGUUUAAGUGUGCUACGUAUCCUUUAUGAUGUAACAUACAUCCUACUCCUUGUAGUUUGGUAAAAAGAAAGUCAUUUGAUUGUUGA